CACAAUCAUCAUUUAUGAUCUCCUUUCUUUUUGGGCCUUGGGCCUCUCACUGGAUCCAAAAAAAAAAACCGUAAGGAACCUGUUCCUCCUCUCUCUGUCUCUGUUUGUCUGUUCCUCUGCACCGGAGACGCUGCUUCCUCCGCCGUUCGUUGUGCCUCCAUCACGGCAGCGCCGUUCUUUGUCCUCUAGCUGGUUUCCAUCCGUUUAUGGUCGCCGCUGCUUGUUCGCCGCCCUUCACUAUCGUCAGUCGUCGCCUUUCGUUGUUGAUCCUUCACAGAAACUCGGCCAAAAAACCCUAGCACUGCCGCCGUCCGUCCGUCUAUCUAGCUUCCCUCGUGCUCCAAGUCUUCAACCCCCGUUCGCUGUCACCGAUCGCAGCUGCUUCCUCGAGCUCGGCGUCCGUCGUCUUUGUCUGCUCAGCCGCGCUUCCGCCGCCGUUGGUUGCCGUUAACGUUCGCGUCUUCGUUCAGCCGUCGUCUUGGUUCGCGUUCUUCGCCGUUCAAGUUUGCUCGGCGUUCACCGUUCGCGUUCACUCGCCGUUCACCCUUCGGGUUCGCGUUCGUCUGGAAGCCACGUUGCCCUGCUUCAAACUCUGCGACCAACCCGCGCGCUCCACCUUUCCGUCGAACUGCUCUCUUUUGUCGCCGCCGAAAUUCUGAGGUAUAUAAGAAUUAAGAAGGAAGACUAUUUUAACGGGUCUACACAACAUUGGAAUCUUCAUUCCCGGACAUACUUUGCAAGAUUUCUGUGAAAGUUAAUCCACCUAUCACAAAACAUUUCCCAUCACUUCUCUUUUCCAAAUUUCUUCAAAACACAUACACGUCCACCUCUCCCAUCACUGCUACUACCCCCUUUGCCUCUGCCUCUCUCGUAUGUAUCGUCAACUGUAGUAACAAAUGCUGGGACUCUCAUAUGGAGAAAUACUUCUGUUGAUUGGAGUAACUGCUGCUGUAAUUGGCCCAAAAGAUUUGCCAAUCAUAGCCAGAACAGCUGGGAGGCUAGCUGGUCGCGCUGUUGGAUAUGUACAAUUGGCUCGCGGCCAAUUUGACAGCGUUAUGCAGCAAACCCAAGCUCGCCAGGUUCACAAGGAACUGCAGGACACAAUGGCACAGCUCGAUGCUAUUCGUCAUGAAAUUAGAAGUAUAUCACUUAUAAAUCCUGGCCCUAUGACCCGCGGGCUUGUGGAUAAUCCUGACCAGACAUCUAUUCCAAAUGGCACCAAAAAAACCGAAGACGUUGGAGAGAAUAAGUCCAUACCCCUUGCUACCACUAACUCAACACCCACUGUUAUCAAGGAUUCACCUUCAAAUUCAUGCAACAUGCAAAGUCAAGCAACGACAUAUGCCCGAUUGGCAGAGUCUGCUAUCAUUAAGAACAGUUUAGCUGCAAGUAGUACUGAACCCCAGAAGAUUAAACCUGAACUGCAGCAUACUGUCUUGCCAAUUUCCGCUGAAAGCGCUGGACUCUUACCAAAUCGUAGCGCUGAUGUGAAAGGAUCCGACAUAGUUCUAGAAGCAAUCGUGGAGGCAGAAGUAGCUCACAAUGCCAAGGAAUUCUUUUCACAACCCCAAAAUCAAACAUGAUUGAUAUCAUGUGGUAAUGUUACAUUUCACCUUUCUAAUAUAUCUUCAACGUUAGUUGUUUGUUCUUUGUAGCAUUUGUAAUUGAUUUACUUGUAAAUAAAAAAUCGUAUGUAAUCCAGUAGAUUUCGUUUACCAACAUGACGUAGAUCAGGUUGAUCGAGUGACACGCUAGUGUCUCUUUUUUUGGGUUUUGUUUUUCUCCCGGUGGCUUCAAUUAAGAAUGGAAAAAAGUUGUGUUAGCAGAGAUAGUUGGUCUCAAGUAGGAUUAGUCGGCUUUCUGACAUUUGGUUUGCAUUUUUACUUUUAAUUUUUUCAUAAUUUUGUGAAGGAAAAAAAAAAAAGGUUGAAAUCAAUGGUGUUCAUUCUUUGCAUUCU